AUGACACCUGAAACGAAAAGAGUCAAAUGCUUGAACUUCAAACAGUCCGAUUUCGAAGACGAUGAGAACGAUCCCUUCGAAGAAGAUGAUAUAGAAGAUAAGUAUCUUCCAGCUGGCGAAAUUGACAGUGACAGCAGUACCAGCUCAGAAUCAAAACCUGCGAACCCAACUCCAGUCUCGCGACGUGGUCGAGGACGAGGUCGAUCAUAUUCCAGAAGAGGUCAUGGACGCACUCCUCGAUCUUCAAGUGCUCCCGGUAGGAGCAGUUGA